AGGCAAAACCCAAAAACAUGUAAAAAGUUGGUGAAAUAUAUUUUUUUCUAUCUUUUAUCACCGUUUGUGUCGAUUAUAAAUAUAAUAAUUAAUUUAUCUACACGGAAUGUAUCAUCUGUCUUGUUCCUGAGGAAGAAAGGAAGGUUUCUUGACCAAAAAACGUGUUUACAGUAAUACAAAGCUUACACGAUGUCUGACAGUACAGAAAGCUCAGCAUAUUUUUACAGAAUAAUCUCUCUUGUUGUUGAUGUGGGCACUGAAACUUUGAGAGAUAUUUUUUACUGGAAAGUGCCGAAAUUAAAUGUUGCCACACUGUUUGCAACUCCUGAAGUUCAGUCUGAAUUUAAAAGACUGAAGGGAAAAAAAGCCUUGACAGAAGUCCAGUAUGCCAAAGUUACAAAUAAACCUGAUCCUGACACAUAUGAUAUUUCUUUGUUAACUACACUUCUUACAAAUCAGAAAAUUUGUAGAAUAAGUAAACCAAAAGAUGGUUGGGGGAAAGUUCCGGAUCCAUCAGACAUUUCUUUAGGAGCGGAUCUACUACGGCUGAGGGAAAUAAGAAAUGAAAUUAUUGCACAUCGCAAUAAGGCGCAAUUAGAAGUAGAAGACUACAAAAAGAUUUGGGGUAAUGUAGAAAUUGUUCUUUUACGGUUAGCUGCUAAUAUUGAUGCAUCAGAAAAAGACAAAGUCAAGGAAAAGAUCAGGAGUGCAGAGACUCGAGUGCUUGAACCAUUCCAUGAUAGGGAGAAGAAGUUGCUGCAGGUGUUUAUUGAGUGGCAGAAAGAAGACAAUAAGAAAACUGAAGUACAGCUGUCCGAUAUAUCAAAUAAAUUAGAAAACCUUCACUUAAAGGUUGACGGUUUGAAAACUCCAGCAGAUGAAACAGAUGCAGCACGCUCAAAUGUCACAUCGGAAGACACUCUGUCCUCUAUUCAGUCUCAAGUUAGCAGUGUUCUUGAGAAUUUGGGCAGCAUUGCUACACAAGAUGACGUCAGUCAGAUUCAAGCUAACAUGAAAAGAAUGGAAGACAAUGUUAAAGCUAUAUCUGAUUUGGUGAAAAUAUUGAAAGAGACGGUUGAAAAAAGUAACCAUAAUUUGGAAGAAUUAUCAAAGAAUGCACAUAUCAGUGGGUGCCAGCCAAUGUCUGCUAUAUUUGAAAGAGAUCAGGGUAGACAGUUUGUACCAGACAGACCUAAAAAACCGAAGAUAGAAAAUCCACAUGCAAUGACAGACAAAGAAAUUCUCGAAUUGAGUAAAAAGAUUGGCUACGAGUGGGAAUCUUUAAGAAUACACUUGGACUUUACUGAGGCUCAGGGCCAUGCCUUGAAAUGGGCCUUUAAUGAUGAUGUGCAGGUUAGGAUAUACCAGAUGUUAAAGGGAUGGCAUGAUGUGGUGGUCGAUUGUGGAGAGAAUCCUAAGAAGCUACUUGCUGCAGCAUUUGUGAAUGCCAGUACAAACUACCAAAUGGCUUACAGCAUUGUGCCUAAACAGCAGUUUGAUCCUAAUGCAGAAGCUAAACCUGCCACUGUUGCGCGCAUACAGAAAAUAUCAUUCAGCAAGACUGGCUUUGACCAAGGUGACGUGUUUCAUGAUCGUCCUGGAAGUGGAGCUUCCUAUAGGCCAGCUGGACCACCAGCUGGACCGUCAUCCUUUAAUGUGUAUGGCGGAGAUGUGACAAUUGGAGGAUUGGGUAUGCACCAGCCUCAGUCAUCAAGUUCAAGUAAUGUUGCAUCAGAUAGUUUUGAUGGGUCCGGCAGUAGAGAUACAAGCUUUGGUUCUGUCAACAUACAUGGAGGAAAAGUUGCAAUAUCAAAUAUGGCAAUGGGACCCGCUACACAAGUCAGUGGCUUUCCAAGCUAUAAUCAAUUGCCUACUGUAAGAGGAGAAAUGACGAGCAUUGUGCCAGACGUCGGUAAACCACAACAUGGAAGUUUUCUAUCCUCCGGUCAGCCGUUUAAGAAAGAAAAUGACGAUACGCUAAGCCAAAGCAUGGUAGCUGCAUUAGGUGAACAAAUGAAAUCAGUAGGAGCUCUCAUAUCUGCCGGUAACAUCGUAGGAACUGUCUUUAGGGUCGGCACCAAGUAUGUGAUGACGGCAUCACAUGUCGUGUCCAUGGUGAUAGACCCUCAUAACAACAGGAAAUCGUGA